CCCAGGAAAUGGAAACUGAAAGUCCCACUUCAGCCAGCCUGGGAGACUUAGGCUGCAGAGGUAAAAGCGCUGGAUCUGUCAUGGAGCAGGGACUCAGGAGUAUCCCGGCCUCGAAGCUAGAUAAGUUCAUAGAGGAUCAUCUUCCGGAUACCGACUUCCGUGAUAGCCUCAGAAGAGUAAUGAGUGUCGUUAGUGUUCUCCUGAAGGAGAGAUGCUUCUUGGGCUCUUCCCAUCCAGCGAGGGCCUCCAAAGUGGGGAAGGGUGGCUCCUCAGGCAAAGGCACCAAGGCCAAGGGAAAGUCAGAUGCUGACCUGGUGUUGUACCUUAGCAGUCUCACCAGCUUUGAGGAUCUGUUAAAUCGACGGGAAGAGCUCAUCAAGGAAAUUAAGAAACAGCUAGAUGAGAUUCAGCAUAAGGAAAAUUUUGUAGUGAAGUUUGGGGUCCGUUGCUCAUGGAGUCCCAACUCCCAGGCUCUGAGAUUCAAGCUGAGCAACCCCUACCUGCUGAAGGAUGUGAAGUUUGAUGUGCUUCCAACCUGUGCGUUCCUGGGUCAUCUUGAUAUCCCCAGGAGGCCUAACGAACAAGUCUAUGCCAAUCUGAUCAGUGGGCGGACCUUCCCAGGGAUGGAAGGCAAGCUGUCUACCAGCUUUAUGGAGCUCCAAGAGUAUUUCUUGAACUGUCACCCAGCCAAGGUGAAGAGUCUCAUUCGCCUGGUCAAGCACUGGUACCAACUGUGUAAGGAGAAGCUGGGUGACCCACUCCCCCCACAGUACGCCCUGGAGCUGCUCACAAUCUAUGUCUGGCAGCGUGGGAGCAGAGGAACUAAAUUCAACACAGCCCAGGGCUUCCAGACCGUCUUGGAACUGAUCACCAAGUACAAACAGCUUCGAAUCUACUGGACGGUGUGUUAUGACUUUAUACAUCCAGAGGUCUCCGACUAUCUGCACAAACAGCUCAGAAAAACCAGGCCUGUGAUCCUGGACCCGGCUGACCCUACAAGGAAUGUGGCUGGUUCGAACUCAGAGGGCUGGGGACGACUAGCAGGAGAGGCUGCCACCUGGCUUCGGUACCCAUGCUUUAGGAACAGGAGUGGUUCCUCAGUGUGCCCCUGGGAUGUGCCGACGGAGGUUGAUGUGCCAUACCAGAAGAAUAAUUUUUUUUAUAUUGUCUGCCUAUUUUUUUUGGUUUUGAUUAAUUUCAUUUUUGGGAAGACUUCAUCUGUAUAACCCAUCCUCCUGCCUUAGGACUGCCAUGACUGCAGUGCAGGCCUGCUGUGCCCUGCCUUUCUCUCCAUCGGCAAGUGGAUAAGAACUGGGCAAGUGUCAUGCUGUGAACCCAGCAGGACCUGCCCAGGAGGCUCCUGAGUCAGGGUCAUGUCCUGCUCUGCUGCAGGCCCUUGACCCAGAGAGGGCAGGAAGGUGCCCAAGGGCAGGAAGGUGCCCAAGGCCUCGGUGAGGGAAGGUCCAACCUGUGAUGAGACUGGAGACUGCUGACCACUGCCUUCCCACCCCUGCAUCCUGUCCCAUCACAGACAGCCUUCUUCACAGCCUGCUUUAUCUGCCUUGUCCUCGGACAGUGUUCUUUGGGAGAUGAGAGAUUCAGAAGGGGAGUGUGAUGGUUUGUAUAUGCUUGGCCCAGGGAGUGGCACUGUUGGGGGAUAAGGCCAUAUUGGAGUAGGUGUGGCCUUGUGGGUGUGGUCUUUCCCUUGUUCUAGCUGCCUGGGAAUCAGUAUUCUGCUAGCAGCCUUCAAAUGAAGAUGUAGAACUCUCAGCUCCUCCUGUACUAUGCCUGCCUGGAUGUUCCCGCCUUGAUGAUAAUGGACUGAACCUCUGAACCUGUGAGCCAGCCCUAAUUAAAUGUUGUUUUUAU